AGUUGUUGCCCCAUGCGCAGCAUGCGACUUCCCUGCCGUGCCCAUGGGGCCAUGGCCGUUGCGGCCAUGGCACUGGCGAAAGGGACAAAGGGCACGAAGGGUCGCAGUGAGGAGGUGGAGGUGGUGAUCAAAGAAGAGGAAGUGAGGCGUCACAAUCAGGUCUCAGACGCGUGGAUCAGCUUCAAUGGCGCGGUAUAUGACAUCACCAAAUAUGUGCACAGACACCCUCCAUGUCCAGGUCUGAACUGGGCGGAGCGCGUGGCUGGACGUCGCUUCGAAGACUUCCUGGGACGCGACGCCUUUGGCCCGGCACAUCUGGGAUGUGGACCCGAUGCUAAUUGCAGCGCUGGCAUGAAAGCUGGGUUGACUAAGCUCCUGGAGCCCUACAAACUGGGCCGCUUCCAGGCCGCCGCGCCGAGCCCGGCCGCGGAGCUCUGGCCGGAGGAGGGCGGCCUUCUACGGCUGCGCCUGGAAGGGGCGGAUGGACAGCUGCUGCAGGUGUUUACGGUCGACGAACUGAAGAAGUAUGAGAAAAGUACCAGAAAAGUCACUCACAAGUGCACCACAUCCGGAAAUCUGAAUCAACAAGAGUGGACCGGUGUUUGGAUUGGCGAGCUGCUUCCCAAGCAUCGCGUGGAGCGGUCUUACGAUCCGCUGGUGACCUUUGUUGGAAUGGAUGGCUUUGGAUACUCCAUGUUUCUGUCUCGAGCCCUCAAGGAAGAUGUCAUUCUGGCUUACGAGCAAAAUGGUGAAGCACUGACAACUGAAACAGGUGGCCCCGUGCGAUUGGUGUAGCUCGGACCAGGGCACUCUUCGUGGGGGGACUAAGAUCUGCACGAACUUCAUCGAUCUUGAAAACACCGCCGAGUUCCCGCUAUACGAUCUUUGGGUCCAUUCAUGUCCAUUCAUUUUUUGGGAAUUCAUGACCAUUCAUGACCAUUCAUGAGAGAAGUCAUGAGACCUUAGCAGAAUGGGCUUCUCCUACCGUGGGCCAAUGGGAGAUUCUCAGGAGUUGGUGCUACGGCCGCUACGGCCCAUCCCAAAACCUCCAUUUGCACUGUUGCCGCAAGUUGCCACUGAUGGAAAUAGAAGGUAUUAUUCCAUCAGCCGACAGAUAUAUGACCAACAGAUGUAUACUGUAAACACUGUGAACAAUUCCAGUUAUCUCCCAAAAAAGGCCCUAAGAUGACACGAUCUUCUCCCAGUGCGGCUGUUCUCAGCCUAGGAAAGAUGGUCAACAUGCCAAGUGGCUUGAAAAGAUCAUUCUGGAGUGACUCCAGCGUGGCCAAAGUGCCAAAGUCGCCUGCAGACCUUUUGAAACGUUGCGAGAAA